UGGUAAUGAGGUUCCUCACUUUCUCGCCGUCGUCGGCCCGAUCUGCUGCCCACCAGGAGGGACAGAACGACCAGAACCCACCAUGUCGGACCAGUCAGCAUUUGACACGGACGUAUGGACCUUGACCCGGUUCGUCAUCGAGACCGGCCGCCAGGCUAAGGGGGCGACCGGUGAGCUGACCCAGCUCAUUAACGCCAUUCUGACCGCCAUCAAAGCCAUUUCCUCUGCUGUACGCAAGGCAGGCCUUGCACACCUGCAGGGCUUGGCAGGCUCAGUGAACGUGACAGGGGACGAUGUGAAGAAGCUGGACGUGCUGUCUAACGACCUGGUCAUCAACAUGCUGCAGGCCUCCUACAGCACCUGCUGCAUGGUGUCUGAGGAGAACAAGGAGCUCAUCAUCACUCCCAAAGAUAAGAGGGGAAAGUACGUGGUCUGUUUUGACCCUCUGGAUGGCUCCAGUAACAUCGACUGUUUGGCUUCUAUCGGCACCAUAUUUGCCAUCUACAAACGGGUAACAGACGGGGAGCCCACUGACAAAGAUGCCCUGCAGCAAGGAAACAACAUUGUGUGUGCAGGCUACACUCUGUACGGCAGUGCCACCCUGGUGGCCCUCAGCACCGGCGCUGGCCUCAACUUCUUCAUGUUGGACCCUGCCAUCGGUGAGUUCAUCCUGACUGAGAGGAACGUGAAGAUUAAGCAGAAGGGGAAGAUCUACAGUUUAAACGAGGGCUACGCCAAGUACUUCCACCCCUCCAUCAACGAGUACCUCAAGCACAAGAAGUACCCAGAGGAUGGCAGCGCCCCCUACGGAGCGCGUUAUGUGGGCUCUAUGGUCUCAGAUAUUCACCGCACCAUCGCCUACGGAGGGAUCUUCAUGUACCCCGCCAACGAGAAGAGCCCCAAAGGAAAGCUGCGGUUGUUGUACGAGUGCAACCCCAUUGCUUUCCUCAUCGAGCAGGCGGGAGGCCUCGCCACCACCGGCACUCAGAGGAUACUGGACGUUCAGCCUGAAGCGCUCCACCAGCGGGUGCCCUUUGUGGUCGGCUCCCCUGAUGACGUCAACGAGUACCUGUCCUUCGUCAAGAAGUACCAGUAAAGCUGCGACAGUUUAUUUUAGGAUUAGGAUUAUUUCUGUUAUUUCUAUGAAAGAGAGGCAGAAAGGACAGACGGAGAAAAAACGCCAAGAAAGUUAUUUUUGGAUGUCAAUGCGUGUGUUCCUGAGAUCAGAAGAUAUUUUGUCAUUUUUCUGUAAAUGUAUGAGUUGUCAAAUCUUUUGGUCAUAAAUCACUAAGUAAACUUAAUAUAAAAUUAAUUCCUCAUUUAAAUAAUUCAAUCAAAACCAGAUUAUUUUUCCAUUAUUAUAUCAUUAUUAUAAUUGGGCAUACAUUUUAAUAUCAUAACACGGAUAACAUGGAGUUCAGCUUGUCCUCGCACAUCUUUUAGAACAAAAUUUCAUGUACCUCUAAAUUAAAAAUUCAAGUUACAGCAACAUGAUAACGAUUUAUUAACACAGCUAAAUGUUUCUAAAUGACCUGAAUCACAGCAUUUAUUCUUGGUUUGCACAAUAUGUCCUAUAUAAAUAUUUACCAUAACAAGAAAGAGGAAGAAUCUGUUUCUUAUUCACUAAUGAUGUAUUUUUGAAUCUUACUGACUCUGGGAAGAGCUGCACUGAGAUUCUCAUUUCGAGCUGCUGAUAAAGGUUGUUACUCUUUUACCUGCAGUUUCUCAGCCAAUGCACAAUAAAAAUAAACUGAAUUUAAUCUACAUAUUUUCAUAUAUUAUUCAAUCUUUUUAAGAACCAGUGGAAAUAGUUAUAUAUUCAAUAUAUCCUGAUUGUGAAUCUAACAAGUUUUUUGUGACAAAUUACAAUCAAAGCAUCUCUACAUGAAACUCUGUCUGGCUCUUGAGGAAAUGUUGGAAAAAAAGAGUGUUAAUGAAUGAAUAAUGAACUGCUGUUAUUGGAUCAAUAGUUAUUUCUAUUUAUAUGGUGCCACAAGAGGAUUAGGUUUAUUGCCAUGUAGGAUUUCCUCUGUUGGCCAAAUUAUCCGUAGCUCAGAUCAGAUCAAAUCUGUUUAUUUUGGUAGAAAGUAAAGGAAACUGUCAUUCCA